AUGACAAGGCGCCGACCCAACCUCCACCUCGAUCUCACAGACCUCAACAGUCCUUCCCCCCCACCUCCCAUUCCCCAACUCAGCCAGGACCAGGACCAGGACCACGACCUCCCCCAGUACCAACCAGACGAACCCAGGCCCCGGGAUGAAUUGGGCCAGACGUACUACGACCCCUCCGCCGAGGCAGAAAUCUCGAGCAUAGAAGUUGAGACCCCGGAUGGGGAUGUGGAGGGCGACUCGCCGAGUCGGGGGAGUUAUUAUGUGGAGAGUGGGGAGAGACAUGUUAGUUGGACGGCCGAGUUGGUUGGGAGUGUCGUGGUGAGGCUGCAGGAAGGGGGUUCGUCGCUGAGGAGUUCGGCGAGGAUUAUCGGGAGGAUUUUGGCUCCUUUUCGGAGGGGGAGUGAGGGGGUCUCAGUCGAAGCUCGGAGUGGGGGAUCCGAGCCUGUGCAGGUACAGCCGGAGAGGAGGUAUUUUACUCUUAAGAAGAGGGGGUAG